AAAGGGGUUUGGGUAAAAGUGGCUUGAUUUUUCAAGUCUGCGGCCACUCAUGAAAAGCAGUGUAUUAGAAAGAAUACAAUCAGACAUUAUUUUUAUUUCAAUAAAUUUUUUUUGUAAAGUGUAUCGGGGCUGAGAUAUUGUGAGUUGAAAAUUGUAAAAAAAUCAUGCCAUUUAGGUACUUUCUUUGUGUCUAUUUCACUAAUUAGGUUUUAUGGUUACCAUUUUUAGUCGUAAACAACAACAAUAGAACAUACCCUGGGCUCACCGACUGCACAUUAUCGCCUCGUCCAAUCAGAACGCAGGAUUUGUUUACCUGAACGGGUGAGCCGCCCUGUAGCCGUACUCUGGCGCAUCACUCCACACUUUAUUACAGUUUACUCUCCAUUUGGUGUUCGUGUCGAGUGUUAGAGUGCGUUUCUUGUUAUUGUUCUUAAUCAUACGACUUGGCUGACUUACUGGACUUUGUUAUUUUCUUAUUUCGUGACCUGGCGUUACAAACUGGACUAUCGAUUAGCUUUGUGAUUUGGAUUUUCUACAAGGAUAUGGAAGAAGUUAAUAUUGCAAGUGCUAUAUGUGUCGGUUGCCGGCGAAGUUUGAAUCGUAUUGGUGGAGCUCGCAGAAGAUCAAUGAUCUUAACUGCCGAAUGCAAAGCCACCCUUUUUUGAUGUCAUACUGUUUAGAAGUUAUCAACAUAUAUCAGUUUGAUGGAAACAGCCAAAUAUGUCGUUUAUGUUUUCAACGAGCACAGCGAUACGGUAUCCGCCAUCAAUCUACAGUUGACGUACCAGAUCAAACAGGAGAACCAAAUACAUCAGCUGUUCAAGAUAUGCCUAUGCAAAUUAUAGUUGAAGAAAAUUCCAUACCAGAUCAACCUAAUCUUCAAGUAAAUGAUAAUAUGCGCGAUCAAGAAGUUCAAGUAAAUAGACCGCAGAUGAUAGAGAUACCCGGAUACAGGCGAGCGCCGUUUAAUACCCAAUUAUGUCUUCUUGCUGAUUGCACAAAUAGAAAUCUUCGAAGAAUCCCCAUUGAUAUAAGGGCCACAGUUCUACAAGAAAAAUGUUUUUAUAUACCACGUGGGACGCGCGUAUGUGAAGAACACUCUGAUUUUUUAUGGCAAAAUGUUGAAAAUAACACACGCCGCGUGUAUAAUACUUUUUCGCCUACAAAUGUCAAAGAUAUGAUGGAUAGUUUACGGAAACAUAAGGUUUUUUUAGAUUUUGAAAAAUUAUCGUCAAUAAGUAAUGCGGUAUUUCUUUAUUAUAUAGGAUUUUCUAAAGAAAAAUUCCAACAAAUCUUACAGAGAACACCCAGUGUGAUGCAGCGCUUCAGAAAAAAACCAAAAACAAGUCUUGCGACAGUCCUAGCUAAACUCCAUACAGGUGAAUCAAAUCAAAGGCUAUCUACCAUAUUUAAAAUGUCUAGAAAGACAUUCGAAAAGACGAUGCGGUUGGUAAGAAGCUGUUUAAUCAAAGAAUUUGUGCCACAGUAUUUGGGUUAUAACCAUUUAACACGUGAAGAGGUUAUAUCCCGAUCUCUUUCUAUUCCCAAUACUUUAUUUGGAAAUCCAGAUGCUUCUUUGCGUGACCGUAAAGCCAUAAUUAUAUUAGAUGGCACAUAUAUUUACCUGCAAAAAAGCAGUAAUUAUUAUUUCCAACGAAAAUGUUAUAGUCUACAUAAAUACCGUCAUUUGGUGAAACCUUUUCUAUUAGUUUGUCCUGAUGGCCAUAUCAUUGAUGUUUAUGGUUUAUACGAAGCUACUAAAUCUGACGCAACUAUAUUAACUGAGAUAAUGAGAAAUGGCCAGGAUCCCUUUCAUUGGUUUUUCCAAGAAGACGAUGUCCUGAUUUUAGAUAGAGGCUUCAGAGAUAGUCUUGAAGAAGUGGAGACUUGUGGCUACCGUGCAUAUAUGCCAGCCACAAAUGGAGCAACUGAACGUCAGCUAACUGUACAACAAGCUAAUGCCUCGAGAAAAGUUACAAUGUGCCGAUGGGUCGUAGAAACGAUAAACGGCAGGUUGAAAAAUCAAUUUAGACAGUUAAGAUCACAAAACUUUAACGUGCGGCUCUUCAUUUAUUUGACGAAAUCAAAAUUGCGUCAGCACUUCUUAAUGCAUAUGGCCAACCUUUAAAGGACCAUAGAUUAGUUAAUGAAAUAAUAAAUAGAAUACCACGAAGUGAUGGGAAUAAUAAUCAGUUAAGUGAGUAUGUGUUAACUAAUAAUUUAAACAGGAGACAAGCUCAUUUCGAACCUAUAAAUGCUGUCUCUUCUGACAGAGACGAAUUUCCUGUUAUAAGUGCAGAUGACUUGAUUAUUUUCGCGUUGGGUACGUACCAAAUUCUGCAAGCCCGAAGUUAUUAUGGAGAGCAUAUUAAAAACGGGUCGUAUUUCAUUGAAAUAUACAAGGAUACGACACAAUAUCCCAAUCAUCAUACUUCUUGGCUUCUGAGGGGAAAAAUAAGAUCUCGUCAUGUUUCUAACCGGACCUAUUUUGUGUACAUUCUAAUAAAACAAGGAUACCAAGGCAUUGAUGCCAUAUCAGAACAUUAUUGUUCAUGCAUCGUUGGAAAACGUACUCUAGGGUGUUGCUCCCACGUUAUGGCUAUUUUAUGGUACUUAGGAUGGGGGCGAUACCAACAAAACCUAUCUCCCCCAGCGCAGUUUCUAGAUUCAAUAAUAAUUAGACAGGAAGUUGAAAAUGAAGCAUAUGACGAAUAAUAAAGAUCGUCCGAACAUUUAAUGUCCAAGUUCGAUCGGCUGCACUAAGCGUUUUAUGAUUACAUAUAAUGUAUGUGUACCUGUAAAUAUAUAUUCAUUUUUAUGAUUUUUUGUUUUUUUUUUAAUAUUCUGAAAAGGACGCCGUGAAUGUAAUUGCAUUUACAAUAAAAUAUAUUACAAUUACGCCCACAUUAAAUGACUUAAUUCUCAUAUAUUUCCAAAACUUUAAGGUGGAAUAUGUCAGUUCCGAUAUUACUUAGACUGAAAUUCUUUUUUAAACCUUCAUUAUUGUGCACUACCCUAUACGUAGGCAAUAAUUUGAUCGGUGGCCGCUAAAAAAAAAAUCAAGCCACGAGCCCAUACAAAAGUACCCAAACCCCUUUGUCUUCAUUCUAUAGAAUUAUCGGUACUGCUAGCACUCGGAAUCUGAGAUCCAAAUGACAUAAGACUUACUCUUAUCAAGGCUAUUAAAUAUAUUCCUGUCAACCGAUUCUGAUGAUUCUCUGAGAAUCAGUGUAAGUGGUGGCGAUACCAUAAAGCAAGUGGGAAAUUCCCUAUACACACUGUACACAUCGUAUAAAACAACUUGAGCGUAAGUUACAUCUCGGGAUACGUACAAGUAAUCAUGGACUACGUGUACCUUAUUUAAUGAGAUCAGAAUAGAUCAGUCACCGACAUACCCUAUUUCACAAUCACUUUUUCUAUGCUACAGUAAUGAAAGCGCCAAGUAUGGAAGAUGGCGAUGUUGUAUAACAAGUGAUUUGCAUGCUUGUUGUUCCUGCCGCGUAUACUAUUGUGUACUGUUGUGAACUUAGUGAUAGUCUAAUUAAGGUUAUUAGACAUAAAGAUCUUGCAAUUUUAAC